UAUACCGUAACUUUUGGCUGCUAUUGUUCAUCCCUGAAAUUCGCCGUUGUUAAUCAAUAAAUCGCUUGUUAGUCUAUUUUGGGGUCAGCAGUGACCACAACAUGGACUAAUUUAGAAGAAAAAUAAAUAAAUAGCGGGAGUAGCAUGCGAGAUGCUUCAUUGGUUAAUCAUAGCUCUCUCCUUCGCUCUCCUCUUCGCUCUCGCUUUCGCUUCAAUACAUUAAUAAACACUCACUGUGGCUGUAUAUGUGUGUGCGUAGGUUGCGGCUUGCAUUAUUGCAUUGAGCGUAGGAGAAGCUUAAAAGCUUCCAAAUGGUUCCUGAAAAUGGCUGCCUGGCAGCAAAGUUCUGACACGACUGCAGUUUUUGUUCGUAUUGUCACAAUGCAGCGAUAGCGGCACCUGUGGCCUACGCGCUCUCCCUCUCUUUUCUUCACAUUGCUUGCUGUUACACCCACCCGUUUCGCUCUCUACGAGUGCCAGCCAGCCUGUCGUCUACCUACCUGCCUGCCUGCUUUCCAGCCUGCCUGCUGCUUGCUUGUUGCCUGUUGAAUGCCCGCGUUGGACUUCAGUUUGAUAAACAACUUGGCGCCGUGCAGAAGCGCCCGUUUUGUGUGCGAUUUCAACCAACUUCGUUUAUUGUCUAUAACGGUAUACCGUUAUUUUGUGAAUUUGAGUCUGUUGCGUCGUAUCGCCCGCCAUGGGCAAUCAGCUGAGCAUAAACGGAUUCCAGGAUGCGGUUAUUGAUCGCUUCAAAUCAGUGGCCCUCACCACAGAUGAGAAUGGCACAAUGCGCAUUCGUUCCUUCUCGGAGGUGGGCGUCAGAUAUGCUGCUGCCCAGCAGCAUGGCAGUGGGAGCUUUAGUGGGCGCGGCGGUCGCAUUUUGCGGGAGAGCAGCAUUGACGGAGGCGUUGCUGUCUUCGAUGCCAUGCUACGGGAUGACCAUGAGCAUCGCUUGAGCCUGGAUGCAAUGCAUCGUGUGCGACAUGUACGCACCUCCUGCACCACCAUACCAGAGGAGGACAUUAUUGUUGAGCAAAAGCUUUGAUUUGUUUUCUGACGAUGUGCAUGGGCGACGCAGGCGGGAAAUAAUAAACGUAAUGACCAACAGUAGAGUCAAAUGUCGAAGUUGAA